GGGGUCUUCAUAUUUGCUUGGACGAACUAACCGCUCCAUAGACCAUAUGGCACUUUUCUGACUUAAAUGUAAAAUAACUCUAGGAGCUCUAUCAGGAUAAGUUAAGCACAAAAUGGCUGGACAAGUAUUUCAACUUCCUGACUUCGAUUUUUUUGACUGGGAUGAUGAUGACUUUGUUGCAAGCCCAAGAGAUGGUAAUCCAGGUAUUAGGGUAUAUAUAGUACCUACAAGACCUGUUGCAGUAGAUGAACAUACUCGUAAUAGGGCUAAUGCAAUAUAUGCAUCUAUUGAGUUUGUCCACCUUUACUGUGAAAUUAAGCAAGAUAGGGAUUUCCUUAUCGAGGUAUUUCCCCAAGAAGUUGAAUUUCCUGAAGUAGGGCCCAAUUCCAAACUAGAAUGGUGUAAUUUCUGUUUAGGCUCCAGAUUGUGUACCAGAAUUUAUAAUGAAGGAUAUGAAGAACCUGGUAGAGCAAUGGCUGGUCAUAGUCCACUCUUGAGUAUUGUUGUUCAUCUUGAUCAGGAUGCAUUAUUUAUGCUGCUUAAGUAUCUCCAUGAAUGGUUCUUAAGUAUUGGAAUGGAGGACUCAUUAGGUGGAUGGUUGUAUGCUGUUCUUGCAUGCAUACGUUUGCCAUUAGCAGAAGGCGUUGGAGCAGCUAUUGCAACACUUUAUAAUGACUGCGAGGAGCGUCUGAAAUUUUGUAAUGAUCCAUCUGAAAGAAAGCGUUUGUAUCAGUUUUGUGCCAUUUUUGAUGUUCAUUUUCACAAUCAUUUGAAUUGAAUUGGCAGAUUUUUGGAAUCUUGUUUGAAUUUGUAGAAGACGCACAUUAUCUUAUGUAUUUUUACAAUAUUAAAGAUUUUUGAAUAAUUUACUGACUUUUUAACUGAUAUUCUUAUUCUUCUAAAAUUCUCAUGAUUUAUGUUCCUAAAAAUCUCAUGAUCUCUUAUCAUUUCAUUUUCAUUCAGGCAUUCCAUGUCACAGAAUCUGAUAUUCUGCUGGUUUUUCAUUUGUUAUGAAGUUUUUAUAUCUUUUAAACUUAUUUUUGAACAUGAAUCUGUGCAUCUAAGUUUAAAAUAUUUCACUCCAUUUGAUGUUCGUAGUUAAUGUGCAAUUUAGAUUAAAUCUGUUAUUAAAUGUUAUUGAAUAUAUUAUGUAAUAAAUGUAUGUAAAAUGUGUUGUAAAUAAUGUUUAACCAUUUUAAAAACAUAUUUGUAAAAAUUGUCAUCAUUCAUUAUUAUUGUUUAAGAGGAAGAUGGGGCUGAAUAAUAAAAGUUGAAUUAGUAUAUUUUGAACAAAACUGGAAAACAAAGCAAAGCAUCUUUUAAAUUUGUUUGUGUUUUCUACAUAUUAAAAACAAAUCAAGUUUAGUAUUUGGCGAUUUUAUUUAACUGAAAUCCUCGUUUCUCUUAAAAUAGUUGCAUUAUAAGAAUGUUCCUUCCUGUCAUUUGUUAUUUUAAUGUUUAUCUCUGUAUUUUAUUCUGUAUUUGUCAUGCGAUUUUAAUACAUAUAACUUAAAAUGUUAUGCUUUCUCUGUCACAAAUUUGAUAUUUUUAGU